AUGGCUUCCUUGCUAGCCUUGGCGCUGGUGGCCCUGGCCGCCCGCGCAGGAGCAUUUGCGGUUGAGGCCGAGCGCGCGCAGGUAGGAGCCAUCGGUUGGACCUAUUACGCCAUAGGUUGCGGUGCUAGCCCGUAUCUCCUGCACAUGGACGAGAGUACCAUGGAAGAGUGUGAAGCUGCGUGCGCAGGCAUGUCAGCUUGUUAUGGCUUCCAGCGCCGUGGUGACCAAUGCUGGCUCGACGAUGACGGUGACAACAAUAUAUCUGGAAGGCUCGUUGGGCAUUCGCCGACAACGAGGACGGCAGCCCAAGCCGCGUAUUGCGCAGUGCGUUCGACGACCUCUCCCAGGUCAUCUCAGACGCCCGGUCCGACGGCACAUAUCGGUGCCAAUAUGGAUUUCGAAUCAGAUUUGGUCAGUGAUUAUAUCUACAUGGUGCCUUCGGGCUGGACCGGAGCAAUUGCACCUUUGAUUCGGUCUGGCAGUUUUGCUUGGGGUGGCACCGCUGCGGCAGAGGGGAACAAUUUCCUCGGGCUGCAGGGGGGUCACGCAUACGUGGAGCAGCAUAUUGCAAACCUGGCGGGUGGUCCAUUUGCGCUGUCGCUUCAGCGAGCCGCUCGUCCCGGCGGCUUUUUCAACCCGAGUUUGACAGUGACUUUAAACAGUGUAGUGAUGUACCAGGAAGUCGAUAUCAGUGAUGCAGAAUGGGGAUUGGUAUCAGUCGUUGUGAACGAUAGCAUGGCUGCAUUGUUUGGCAACGCUGCGAUUGGCGAACACUCCGGCACCUGGUGGAGACAGAACUGUGUAUGUCGACGAUAUUCGGAUUGUCGUGGCCCCGACGAGCAGCCCAACCUCCAGCCCGACAUCGUCCCUGACGCCCAGCCCGACGAGCAGCCCGACGAGCAUCCGACGCCCAGUCCGACCUCGCCCCCGACGCCCAGUCCGACGAGCAGCCCGACCCCCAGUCCGUCCUCGUCACCGACAAGCAGGCCGACGAACACCCCGACCUCCAGCCCGACUUCGUCCCCGACGCCCAUCCGACCUCGCCCCCGACGCCCAGCCCGACGAGCAGCCCGACCCCCAGUCUGUCCUCGUCACCGACAAGCAGGCCGACGAACACCCCGACCUCCAGCCCGACUUCGUCCCCGACGCCCAGUCUGA